AUGGAAGUCUCAUUAACAUCCCAGGCAACAUCAAUCGCGACAGACACCUAUGGCCAUCAAGUCGCUGUUUCUACGAUUGAUGGAAAAAUCUCAUUUUUUUCGGCGCAAAAUCUUACUCUGAAAUCCACAAUUGAAAUCAAAGAAGCGACGCCAAAUUCUCUUUCAUUCUCAUCAAAUCAAUUCGGAUCCCAGCUAGCUGUCGGUUUGUCAAACGGAAAUCUACUUGUUUAUGCGAACAAAGGACCAAAUUACCAAUUAAACUAUACAAUCCAAGCACACAGAGCAUCAAUCACAUCAGUCGCCUUCCAUCCCACACAGAACAUUAUUGCUACUUCCUCACUUGAUGGAACAUUUGCUAUUCAUUCAUUUAAAGAAAAUAAAUGGGUUUCAGUUACAACAGAAGCCUCAAAGAUGGGCUUAACAUGUUUGUGCUGGGGCUCAGAUAGCGCUAACCCUAAUGCCAUCCAAACUGUCUUCGUUGGUGGCGUAGAUGGAACAGUUGCAGUAUAUCUUAACUCAACAGUGUCAGAUUCUUGGGAUCUCGGAUCUAUUGCCCAGGUUCAUAACGGUUGGGUUAGAAGUAUUGCGGCACCAACAUCUGUUAGUGGUGGCGCUCAAAAAGUUGCUACAAUCGGUGAUGAUAAUAUCGCUGCUGUUAUUAGAUUUACUUCGAACCAAUUAACUGUCAAUUAUACAGGCCAACUCCCAGCGCAAUCUUCUGGAGUUUCGUGGGCUAUGGUCGAUAAAACUCUUGUUGUUAGUCAAAUUGAUGGAAAAACUACAAUGUGGAAAGAGGACCAGAACGGAAAUCUCGUUUUGAUCCAGGAAUAA